AUGGCAUUCUCAUACAAAUUCUUUCUCCUGUCUCUUCUUCUCCUUCCUCUUGCCAAUUGCGAAAAUUUUGACUUACAUUCAUGUGCUAAAAACAUCACCGAUGACAUUGACCUCCACACUCGCAUCGUAGGGGCCUUAUAUCAUCUCAUUCAGGUCACUCCAAUAACAGGUUUUGCGAGCUCCAGUUUCUCCUCUUUCGGAGAUAGCACUCUCUAUGCUCUCGCCCAAUGCAGAGGAGACACCAACACUAACCUCUGCAGGAAAUGCAUCAAAGACUCUGGAAAGGUUCUUUUCACAAAUUGUUCUAAUCAAGCACAAGCUUACAUAUGGUAUGAUUUGUGCUUCGUCCGUUACGACAUAGUUAACUUCUUGGGAAACUGGACAGUCGAUGGAGCUGAAACUUCUAUGUUUAAUUCUGUCGACACACAUAAUUUGCCGGCAUUUAUUCCUGCGGUGAUAAAGGUGAUUGAGAACCUUAAGAGUAUGGUGGUGACGUCGGGAGAUAACUUAUUUGCGAAGAUGGUGGCGAGCAAUAUCACUAAUCUUAAGGGUAUUAGUAUCUACGGGAUGGCAGAGUGCACACGUGAUAUGAAUGAAUCUACAUGCAUGGAGUGUUUGGAUCAUUUUUUUAUAGUUCUAAGCUUGUUGUUUGGUUUCUUUGGUUGGGCUUUAGAUGUGGCCGGAUCUUAUCAUAAGGCAAAUGAUGGGGGAUUGGAUGUGAUUCAGACAUAUGUGUUCUGGAAUGGCCAUGAACCUUCUCCUGCUCAGUACUACUUUGGGGGAAGGUAUGAUCUGGUUCAAUUUAUCAAGCUAGUGAAGCAAGCCGGCCUGUAUGUUCAUCUCUGCAUUGGUCCUCACAAACCACAAAGCAAGGCCAAGACGAAAGAGAGUUCUGAAGAUGGUUCGGAUGAGAGCUCUAGUGAGAGUGAUAAGGAACCUCAGAGAAAGAAAUUGAAAGAAACUACUGGAUUGAAUGCUAGCAAGCAUACCAUGAUAAGUGCUAAAAAUGAGAGCAGCAGCAGUGAAGAUGAGGAUGACAGUUGCGAAGAAAGUAAAGAGUAG